GUUCGUUGGAUCACUAAUCGAUUCCUUCGCCGACCUGCUACUGGUGGUCUCCCGGUUUAUCGAAUUCCGGUCACAGAAAUCCUGCUCUCAGAAUGUCCGUCUGGCACAGCGGACUGGGAUCGCCUUGUCCUCGCUCCCGCCGUCCGUGUUGUCCACAAUCAUCUGACUCGUUCCGGUACCGGCCUAGCCGUGCAUGAUCUACAGUAUGAGCGAUUGAACACGUUGUUGGCUCUCUGUUCCGCCGAUCAAGUACCACAGCCGUGCCCGUUUAUCUCCGAGACCGAUCCUACUGUUGACGAGGAUUUGGGUGACGGUCCACCCUUUAUCUGUACAGCCUGCUGCAAUCGUAUGUUCUCACGCUUGGAAGACUGGCGUGCGCACAGAAAAAGUCGGUCACAUCAAAAGCGAAUGAAUAAGCUACGCAAACAAGCACUAAUCCAAUCUGUGAUCUGUGAUGAUGCGGAUGAAUAA